AUGGGUUCACCAGGAGAUGGCACCGUGGAGGAGCCCGUGAACAGAGAACCUCCCGCGGAGGAACUAGUACAAAGCUCCCUCACGGCGUCGAAACGCCCCGGCACGCCUGACCCUGAAGCAUACGACCGCAACCACGGGCCCAUACAAUACAUCAAUGCCUCGACGCACAAGCUGGCGAUCAGGUCCGAGCCGGCCUUGGGGUCUAGUGACGUUCUCCCCACCCCUAUCGACGUUACACUGAGCAUGGACGACCUCGGGCACAAGUUCAGGCAACACACAGUCAUAUGUGCCUUGCAGUGCGCAGGGAACCGUCGCAACGAGCUCCGGAGCAGGGUGAAGGAGGUCACUGGAGUAGAUUGGGGAGAUGGUGCAGUGAUGAACGCCGCUUGGACAGGGCCCCUUUUACGUGACGUCCUCGUCGACUGUGGGCUUAGUGCGAAGAGAUACUUGAAGGAGUAUGACGGAUUACAUGUCCAAUUGGAAUGUAAUGCGACAAAGGUGCAAGAGGACGAGUGGUACGGAUCCAGCGUGCCGUUGGAGGUGGUCGUGGAUCCCGAGAGAGAAGCACUUCUCGCUCUGCACAUGAACGGCACACCUCUCCCGGCCCGACACGGUGGACCGGUUCGAGCAAUAAUCCCGGGUAUCAUCGGAGCCCGCAGCGUCAAGUGGCUUGACACAAUAAUCGUCUCUUCCCGAGAAUCGCAAAACCACUAUCAGCAGCACGACUACAAGAUCCUACCCGCCGAGGCCACGUCUCCUGAGAAGGCAGAGGAGCUGGGUGUCUGGGACAGCACGCCCGCCAUGCAAGACAACCCUGUCAACUCCGUCGUCACUGUUCCCGCUCAUGACGGGGAUGAGGUGAAGCGGGACAGGCACGGGCGCGUACGCAUAGCUGGGUACGCGAUCCCGCAUGGCAAAGGAGGCCCGGUGGAGCGCGUGCAGGUCAGCAUCGACAAGGGAAACACAUGGAUGGACGCGAGGAUCUUGGAUGACGGGGACGAGAAAACCACGCAUCCGGCCAACAAGGGUAAGGGCGACAGCAGGGGAAAGUUUAGUUGGGUGCUGUGGGAAGUGGAGGACGUUGAGGUCCAACCGGCUGAAAACGUGAGUAUCUGGAGCAAAGCGACCGAUCGUGCGGGUAACACGAUGGAUGAGAAGGUGCCAGAGGGGAAUUGGAAUCUGAGAGGCGUCGGGUACAAUGCUGUCCAGGGACGGACCGGCGUGAGAAUCGUCUAG